AGUCACUUCCGCUGGGGCAUCUCACUGCGUCCGGGUCAGCUUCUGUCGCCUCUUCUACAGCUGCGGCCGGGAAACCGGGCUGGACUUUCUACCGCUGACCGAGGGGAGCGGGCUCCGCUCGGUGCCGCCUUCUGCGACCUGGCCGUCAGCCCCACGUCGCCGGCCUGGAGGGGCGAAGAGAACGAGGGGGCCAAGGCUUCCUCCGGGCGUCGGCCCAGGUGCAGAACAAAGAAACUUGGACUUCUGGUGUGCCUCAUACCCUCGGGGGAUAGACACGGAAACAGCCUAAGUAACCAGGGCUUAAAUAGAUCUUCUGGGAAGCUAAAACAAAUAUAGGAUAUUGGCUCUCUGGAUUAUCAGGAGUCAAUAGUUGACAUUGAAUCCAGGCUGAGAAUGGAAGGUGUAGAACUGAAAGAAGAAUGGCAAGAUGAAGAUUUUCCAAUACCUUUACCAGAAGAUGAUAGUAUUGAAGCAGAUAUACUAGAUGUAACUGGACCAGAGAGCCAGCCUGGCUUACUAGAAGUUAAUGGAAAUAAAGUAAGAAAGAAACUAAUGGCUCCAGAGAUUAGCUUGACACUGGAUCCGGGUGAUGGCUCUGUGUUGUCAGAUGAUUUGGAUGAAAGUGGGGAGAUUGACUUGGAUGGUUUAGACACACCAUCAGAGAACAGUAAUGAGUUUGAGUGGGAAGAUGAUCUUCCAAAACCCAAAACAACAGAAGUAAUUAGGAAAGGCUCAAUCACUGAAUAUUCAGCAGCAGAAGAAAAAGAAGAUGGACGACGCUGGCGUAUGUUCAGGAUUGGAGAACAGGAUCACAGGGUUGAUAUGAAGGCAAUUGAGCCCUAUAAAAAAGUUAUCAGUCAUGGAGGAUAUUAUGGGGAUGGAUUAAAUGCCAUUGUUGUAUUUGCUGUCUGUUUUAUGCCUGAAAGUGGUCAACCUAACUAUAGAUACCUGAUGGACAAUCUCUUUAAGUAUGUUAUUGGCACUUUGGAGCUAUUAGUAGCAGAAAACUACAUGAUAGUUUAUUUAAAUGGUGCAACAACUCGAAGAAAAAUGCCCAGUCUGGGUUGGCUCAGAAAAUGUUAUCAGCAAAUUGAUAGAAGGUUACGGAAAAACCUAAAAUCCCUAAUUAUUGUGCAUCCCUCUUGGUUUAUCAGAACACUCCUGGCUGUUACAAGACCAUUUAUUAGCUCGAAAUUCAGCCAAAAAAUUAGAUACGUCUUUAAUUUGGCAGAACUAGCGGAACUUGUUCCCAUGGAAUAUGUUGGCAUACCAGAAUGCAUAAAACAGUAUGAAGAAGAAAAGUUUAAAAAGAAACAAAAAAGAGUUGAUCAAGAACUUAAUGGAAAACAAGAUGAACCGAAAAGUGAACAUCCUAAACUUGGCAUGCUGACUUAAGUCCAGUUAUGGGAGAUGCUAGAGGAUUCCUUGGAUGAAGCAUUCUUCAGCAGCCUUUUGACUGGGAUCCAGCAGCUCUAGACAGAUCCUUUAUUAAUGUCAUUACAAUGAAUUAAGCCAAAACCAUUAUUCUUGCUGAAAUCUUAGAAACACUUUGUAUUGAAGAAAUAAACUGACAAGAACUAUUCAGUUAUUCCUUCAGAAUUUGGGGAUUAUGAAUAAAGAUGUUGGAUUUAAUUGUGGUUAGAUAACACUUGUAGACAAUUUUAAGUAGUCUUUCAUCUGUGUGUCUCAAAGUGGACGGGGCUUUUUAAUAGAUGGUUUUGCACCACAUUAAGUAUUUGGCUCUUCAGUUUCAAAAAUACAUAAUAAUUUUCACUCAAUUCUUUUAUUGUGUUUAUUAACUUAUUUUUGCAGAAAUUGUUCCUAAAUAUAUAUUGUUGCAAAAUGGUCUGUUUCAAUUUUUUUUAACAGAAGUAGCCUAUUUGCUGUCAGAAUAUUAAAAUUCAGAAAGAACAAUGA